CUAAAAGUGCUCCGAACCAAAACCUGAAGAUUUCUCAUAAUAGACCCGUCCAAAACCACUAAUAUCAAGCACAUGCCGUCUUAUCACCGAAUCACGUAUGUUUUGUGGCUUGUGUUCUAGGCCAGCAUCCCCACCGCUAGAACCAAAAUCAUCAGACGAUCUUCUGUUUUCUUUCUCGUCCAGUAUGCUUGAUACAGCUAAUCCGCCUUCGAAAGCAUUCGAAAGUGGUGGAACAUCGAACGACGAGAAAAUUCUCGAGCCGCAGAAGGUUGAAUUACUAAUUCUUGGGGCCGGCUGGACGUCCAAAUUCCUGAUUCCCGCGCUUAACGAGGAGAAAAUCGAAUAUGCAGCGACCACCACUUCUGGCCGUGACAAUACCAUACCUUUCAGAUUUGACCCAGAAUCGGAUGAUAAGAGCCCAUUCGAGGUGUUGCCGGAUACAAAAACGGUGCUGAUCACUUUCCCACUCAGAGGCAAGGGCCAGUCUUUGAAGCUUUCGCAGUUCUAUUGUGACACUCAUUCGAAUACGGAACCGAAGUUCAUACAGCUGGGCAGCACGGGCAUCUUCACCAACAAAGGAUGGAGCAAUCAUAAAUCUCCAUAUGACAAGGCGGACGAACGCGCCAUAGCCGAGGACGAGCUCCUCUCUUGCUGUUCAGCUACCGUGCUGAACUUGGCAGGUUUGUAUGACAACGAGAUACGCAGGCCGCAGAAUUGGGUAUCGCGAGUGGCGAAGACCAAGGCAGACGUCAAGGGAAAGCAGUCGCUUCAUUUGAUUCAUGGUAAAGACGUAGCUCGAGGUAUCAUUGCUUCACACAAGAACUUCGACGCCGUGAAAGGCCAACGUUGGAUCUUGACGGACCUCUUCUCCUAUGAUUGGUGGGGGUUGUUAAUGGCUUGGGGAGGCACGCUGCAAGAUGGUAGCGACAUUCGACAAGUGAUUAUGGAGGCAAUGCUCGAGAAUGAGAUCAAAGCCUUGACGAGGACCACGGGAGAAAUCGGGCGCGCUCUCGACGCUCGCGACUUUUGGAAGACCGUUGAUGCAAUGCCCCAGGAAGGCAGCGUCUACUAGAUGGUUUACAGCCAAAUUCAAAGCUUUAUUUCGCAAGGUGAAAAAAAAUUAAUCCCUGGUGUUAAAAGUGGGAUUCAGG